AUGCACUCGGUUGCCACUGGAGGUGGUGUUCUUAGCGAUGAGGAGCAGGCUACAGGGCUGGAGAGGGAGAUCAUGAUAGCUGCAGAGAAGGGACUGGAUCCAUACAAUAUGCUGCCUCCAAAGGCUGCUUCGGGCACCAAGGAAGAUCCUAAUUUAGUCCUGUCCAUCACCAACAAGCGAAUAGUGGGCUGCAUCUGUGAAGAGGACAACUGCACUGUCAUCUGGUUUUGGCUGCACAAAGGCGAGACCCAGCGAUGCCCAAGCUGUGGAACCCAUUAUAAACUGGUGCCCCACCAGCUGGCCCACUGA